GCCUGGGAUGUUUUCAACCAACUCAUCGAUGUAUCGACAACAUCAUCCAUGCUGAGGCAGGACCACGGCUACGGGAAGAGUGCUUCCAGCGGAUGCAGGCCAGAGGGAAAGAGCUUGAGCCUGGAGAGGUACUUGUCACUGAAGGUCAUGCUCUCUUCGCUUCUUCAGUAAUGCAUACCGUUGGGCCACAGCUAAAGAGAGGUGCUUCACCUACAGAGACCGAGAGAAGGCAACUGGCGAAGUGCUAUGAGUCAAUUCUUGAAGCGUUGGAGCUUUUACCGUCUGACGAAGAUGGUAGCAAGUCUAUUGCUCUUUGUUGCAUUUCGACAGGCUUGUUUGCAUUUCCAGCCGAUGAAGCAGCUGAGAUAGCAGUGUCAACCGUCACGUCCUGGCUUCAGAAGCAUCCGUCAACGACGAUUACAGACGUUAUCUUCAACACGUUCACCCAAUCAGAUACCGAGCUGUACUCGAAAGUUCUUGGACCUUCACCUACAAAAUCGAUCUCGCCCGUCGAAAAUACGCCGCAAGGUUCUCUCAGCUUAGCACGCGAGUGGCUAUCCUCAGCAGAAGCUGUCCUCGUCACAGCCGGCGCAGGUCUAUCAGCCGCAGAAGGCCUGGACUAUCACUCCCGAGACCUCUUCAAGAGGAACUUCCCAGGAUGCCUCAAAUUUGGUUUGACAUCACUAUACAGUGUCUUUGGCUUCAACGACUGGCCUUCGGAGGAGCAUCGAUGGGGAUAUUUCUUCACUCAUUUAAAUAUGGUAGCGAACUGGUCAAACACGCCGACUUACCAAACUUUGAUCCCAUGGCUGAGGAAUUUUGGGCAAGAGGCGUUUGUGCGCACGUCAAAUGCUGACGGGCUGUUUCUCGCCAAUGGCUGGUCGAAAGAGCGACUUUCUACGCCGCAAGGCUCGUAUGGAUAUUUACAGUGCCUGAAUAACUGCAGAGUCGACGCUGUCGUGUCAUCGGCUCCUCUUGUAGCUGAUGCAAUGCCUCACAUUGAUAAGGCGACGCAAAAGCUGAUGGAUUCAAGCAAAAUUCCUCUCUGCCGGUUCUGCGGCUCGAAAAUGAGUAUCUGCGUUCGAGCGGGCUCGUGGUUCAAUCAAGCGCCCUACCAAGAAGGCGAAGCUCAAUGGAAAGCAUGGAAAUCUCGGGUUCUAAGAGAGAACAAGAAUUUGGUGAUUCUGGAACUUGGUGUCGGAAUGAAUACGCCUGGAGUAUUGCGAUGGCCGAAUGAAGAUUUGGUGAUGCGAAGUGACGGGCGAGUCAAGCUGAUUCGUGUUGGCAUGGGCCCAGAGGCGAUGGUGCCAUGGGAGCAGGAAGAUGAGGGUCUGAGCACUUGUAUUCAAGGCGACAUCGGGCGCGCGAUUCCUCUGUUGCUGGAAUGAAGCGGCGAUCGCCAAUUAUUUGUAGAAGAAUUAAU